AUCACCAUCCAUAUCAGGGCCAUAUAUAUAUAACAUUCACUCUCUCUUUGAUCUUCACCCACUUCAUUCAUUUUAAAACAAACCAAAGCAGACUAAUAAUAAUCAAAGACAGAGUCCAUCAAAAGUUUUUUUUUCUACGAAAACAAAUAAAAAUGGGGAUUGACAGAUCUUUGGUUUUGAUCCUUCUUCUCAUCUCUGUCUCUUUAUCGACGGCUAGGAUCUUACCCGGAGAGUUUCUUCCGGUCGUAGAUGGCGUCAUGUUUUCCGGCGAGAUCCCUACUGCUGCUCAACCAGCGGCGGUGGUGGGCUGCGGAGGAGAGCAGGAGACGAAGACGGAAUAUUCAACUUUUGUUCCAGAGGUAGUCGCCGGGAAAUUCGGGUCGUUGGUGUUGAAUGCUCUUCCGAAAGGGUAUCGUCCGGGUUCUGGACCCAGCAGGAAAACUAACGACGUCCUGACUUAGAAGAAGAAAGAGCUCUUUCUUCUUUGUGUCUCUCUUCUUUUGUUGUUCCUGUCCUAAUUCUUACCUUCUUCUUUUUUUUGGUCUUUAGAGAUUCUUUCAUUUUUCUAGUAGAGACAAUAUUGUAAAUGUUACAGAGAAUUACAGUAAAAGUUUAGAAUAUUAGGAUUGUUUUUGGUCAAGAAUGUUAAAAUCCACAUCUUGUAUCUCGAUCUUAUCAAAUCUUUUCUUGAUAAAUGUUUUGUUUA